AUGGAGACAAACAAGGAAGAAGCUGUGCGCUGUCUUAGAAUAGCCAAGAACCAAUAUGGCUCCAAGAAUUACGAAGCAGCUGUUCGAUUGACCAACAAGUCUAUCAAUCUGUUUCCAACAGACGAAGCCAGAGAGUUCCUACUAAAAGCUGAAAAGGCGGCUGCUGCGAACCCUUCGUCAUCGGCUUCUUCGACACCAACGACCGACACACCAUCAUCGCCCGCACCGAGUCAAACAAAAGAGGCUCCAAAAACAGCAGCAAGAGAGAAACCUUCAGCAGGCCAGAAAGACGCAGACGUUCGAGAAAUUUUAUCUUGUGGAACUGAUUAUUACAAGGUUUUAAAGGUCGAUAGGAAAUGCACAGAGGUUGAAAUCAAGAGGUCAUAUAGAAAGCUUGCUCUUAAAUUCCAUCCUGAUAAAAACAAUAGCCCAGGCGCCGAUGAAGCAUUCAAAUUGAUUUCAAAGGCAUUUACAGUAUUAUCAGAUCCUCAAAAGAGAGCAGUACACGAUGCUGGAGGUGGAGAUCCAGAGCAACGUGGUGGAGGUGGAGGACCAGGUUUCUCAGGUUUCCGCUCUCAAGGAUUUGGAGCAUCACCUUUUGGUGAAGAGAUUUCUCCUGAGGAUUUAUUCAACAUGUUCUUUGGUGGAGGCGUAGGUGGAGGCGUCAAUAUGGCCAAUUUGCACAGACAAGGUGGUGCCUCGUUCAGUUUUGGAGGACCAGCGGGAUUCAGUAGCGCAACCUUUGUCGGCCCUGGCUUCCGUGCACGCACGUUCAAUACCGCUCAAGCACAGCAGCAGUAUCAACCACAGCAGAAAUCAGGGUGGUCCAUCUUCUUGCAAAUUCUACCGCUUAUUUUACUAUUUGGAUACACCAUGUUUUCAAGUCUAAUCACUGAUACGACGCCCGUCUUUUCAUUCCAAUCUACAUCCGUCUAUUCCCAGCCUCGUAUGACAUCUAGCCUCCAUGUGCCUUAUUAUGUCGAGCCAAAGGCAUUUGAAUCGUAUCUCUCCAGCGGUUACAAGUUACAAAAGGUCGAAAAGCAAGUCGAGUUUGAUUGGAUACAGUCGUUACAGCAUGCUUGCUUGAAUGAACGUAAGCAGCAACAGAUUAGGUUAAAUAAUGCUCGUGGUGUGUUUGGAGUUUUGGGUCGUAAUGAAGAGCAAUAUCAAGAAGCUUUGAACAUGCCAUUGAGAAAGUGUGAAGAGCUGAAGCGAUUCAGUUAA